GCUGUAAUUUUCAAAAGCACCUUUAUUUAAAAAUGUCUCGAGAUUUAAAUAAGAGAAGAGAACGUAGAAAGAAUGAUGCAACAGGAAGAUCGUUUCUUCAGGCACCCAUUAUUCUCGAUCGUCGUGAACGUCCUGCAGAUCCAGUGACGAUCGCGCAAGAACCCUCAAUGAAGCCAGAUGAACUAUCCACUGUCAUUCCUUCUACUUCUACAUGCAUACCAUUUAUGCGUAGGCCCAACAAGUUUAACUCGGAAGCCAUUCUCAAAAAUUUGACAGAUCAUCCAGGUCAUUUCGUCAUUGGUAUCAUUGGAAAACAAGGCAUUGGAAAAUCCACUAUUUUAUCUCAUUUUGCCCCCGAUCCGGAACGCACAUUUCCAACACAAUCCACCGACGACUUCUUAUUACAAGGCCAUAAAACAGAGGGAAUUGACAUGUAUAUUACACCGGAACGAGCGAUUUUGCUGGACACAGAACCUAUUUGUAGCUGGACGGUAUUGGAUGAAGUACUGAGAAACGGGAUGAAUGGACUUCAGCCGGAUAUUUGGUUAGAGAUGGAGAGUUUAUAUAAUAUCAUCUUCUUGUUCUCGGUGUGCAAUGUGAUACUGGUAGUGAAUGAUGGACCUGAUAUAGACAUGGAUUUAUUACAACUUGUGCAGAGAGCGGAAAUGUUAAAAUUUUGUAUACCCGAUUUCCCUCUUUUAGUACGUGAUCAACAAGAUAUGCAGUAUUACCCUGAUAUUGUCUUUGUCUGUAAUAAAUGCACCGUCGAUGAAUUUACCUUUAAAAGGUACAAGGAUCUUCAACUCAUCUUGACCUCCUUUUUUGAGAAAUCUCAACUUAAAACACAAGGUCUAGUCAGUUUAGGAAACGUACUGCCAUUAUUCAAACACACCGGAUCCAAUCUCUUUUUUUUACCUCAAGAUGAUGGUGUGGAAUCGUUCGAUGUAUUGGUAUUGGCACUAAGAGAUCAAGUCUUGGCAACACCCAGAAAAUCAGGAAGAAAAGGUCAGGUUUCUGAAAAGGAUUGGUAUAGAAAUGCAGUGAAAACAUUCGAGAUCGUAAGGAAGUCAGAAUAUAUCAACGAGUACCUCCAAGUGGUACGUAAACUAAGGGAUUCAUAAAAAAAUAAAAAUAGUGGUAUUGUCUGUUAUUAGUAUUAUACGAAAUAUGAAUGUGUGGUAUUGAAGUAUGCUUAAAGUAGUCCUUUCGAUAAUAAAUAAAAGGCGAUUAUUGUUUAA